GUCCAGCCCUAACACGACCGGCUCAGGAUCCACAGCUGAGGCAAUCUGUUAAGAAGCAGCUGAAUUAAGCAGAAUUUAUUGACUGCGACUUUUCACAGGACAUCAUCUAAAUUUUACACUUCAGAGAGUUUGACAACCGCCAGCUCAAAGGUGAGAUUUCACAAUCAUUUACAGUACUUUAGGUUCACGGAAAACCCAUUACCCAUUAAGCAGAAAUUCCCAGCUCAGAGUUUCUAAUAUAAAUACCUCCGUCCCAAAACUCGACGAAAACCAAAGCCCCCGUCACUGGACUUGAAUAUUCUGAACAAUAUGAGGUAAGUUCAUCUUUUCCUGAAAUUUUUCAAUUUCUGAAACAGUCUUUUUUUAAAUCAUUAAAUAUUCUUGAAUAGUAUAAAAACCCAACAUUUCUACUGGAGUGUUACAUCCUCCAAGUCUGAAAACUAUUUUACCAUGAAAACUAGUUUUAGAAUAAAAUAUCCAGUUAUUUUUUUUACUAAAGAAAUAAGCAAAAAAUUAAUAUCAAACCUCAACAUACCUGCUGUUGUUUCAAGGUUUUCAGUGACUGUGCUCCUUCUGGUCAGUUGGACUCACAGGCGUAAACUCCCUGCGUCAGGUAGCACACCUUCUGAUACAGCAGGUUCAGCAUGUCCAAAAAGUAUCAGUGUCGACCACUAAAGGAGCAUUUAUCACAGUUUAAGUUGCAUUCUGAAAUAAAAUCUGAUGAAAUUCAGAACCGUGGAAAUUGUAAACAAGUUACUUGAUGCAUAAUUCUAGUCUGGACAACAGCUGAUAGGCAGCGCAAACAACAUGGCUCAUCCUGGUAAUUAAGUUAAUAACAGACGCACAGUCAGAAAGUCCUCAACAAGUCCCAGUUAGUCAAUCAGUUCUCUCAGGCUCAUUCACACAAAAACCUCUUUGACAGCUGCUCACACGCUGCAGCUACUGAAGGCUCUAAGGGCCUUUGCUGCUCAUUUUCUUAUUCAUUCGUCUCGAAACGUCAGAAACCGACAGAAAAUCAUCUGUUGCCCUGCGUCUCAUCAAACAAAACAUCAGAAAUAGCUCUAAACGCAGCGACCGCAAGUCUAGUGUGACAUGUGAUUAAAGCCACUGCAGCCACCAUGAAAAAUAGUUUUAUAUAAAUGCAUGCUUAUUAUCUCUGGCAAAAAAGGGGAACAAUGCAACGCAGGAGAGAUUAAAUGGAACAUAAAAACUGAAUCCACUUUAUAUUCAUGCACUUGCAUUAAUGCGUCAAACCAAUUAGUCACUCGUCUGCUUAAUUGCGCUGGUGAGCGUUCGUCUUAAAUAUGAUGAUGGAAAAAGACUUUGGAGACGCCUCACGGUAAACAAAUCCUGAAACACAGCAACACUAAUGACCACGAACAAUCAGCUGAAGAAUGAAGCCAUCUGUGUUCGACUUCAUGGUGCUGUCAGUUUAAGAAGAAGAAUAUCCGCUCAUACAAGGGCAUAAAGGGAAAAUCAAUAAAAGGCCAUGAAAUCGGAUGAAACUUCAAACCUUCCAGCCCUGUUUAACAUGUGUGUGUAUGUUUUCAGCUUCCAGGUCAGCGUCAGCGCGUUCCAGGCGUGUGGUUGGAGGACCCCCUUGCGUCCCCUGGCAGGUCAUGGUCCACAUCUCUGACAGUGCGCUGGAUGGAGGCUAUGCAAGUGGCGCCCUCAUCUCUGACUGCUGCGUUUUGACAGCUGGCAGAAACCUUUUUGUGCGGAAGAGUCGACAGGACACGGGACCCGUCGUCCCCAAGGUCUAUGAGGACACUUCAAAGCGGGCGGAGGUCGCUGUAGAAAAGGUCGUUCUCCAUCCAGGUUUUCAGAACCGCUCUGACUGGGACAAUGACCUGGCUCUGAUCCGGCUGCAGCAGACAGGGUGACCCCCUGGGGUCACAUACCUCAGACUCCCCCUGGUCAGUCGGUAGGCGGAAUACGAGCGAAGCCCGCUCACACCAGACGUGGAUGAGAACAUCUGCACCGAGAGCACGAAGUACGAGGAGAACGUUUGCUUUGGGGACGCAGGAGGCGCCCUGGUUGUCACAAAUGCCGACAGUGGCGAGAUUUACACUGCAGGGAUCCUGUCCUACGACAAGGCCUGCAGCAGAUACAAGUACAGGGUCCACAUGAAGAUUCACUGUGUCAUCAGGGGAGAUACAGAGGAAUCAGAUGCUGUACGUGCUGAUGAGAUGUUUUCAUGGCAGCCAUAGAGGCUGCAUCUUUUAUCUUAUGGGUUGGACCAUAAAAUGUGGCUUACUUUAA